AUGCCGUUGCUCUUACUUUCGUCAGCCAGCUUCGUUGCUUGUGCUCUCUUUGAGUCGUUCCUGCUCUUCUUGCUUGGCUUGCGUCCCCUGCCCCGCCAUCGCGCAUGCCUUCCCCUCCUUCUCGCCCCCCAUUCCUCCCUCCUGCCUCUCGUCCAUCCCCCAUGCGCCCUCUUGCUUUCCUUCCCGCCCAGCCCCCAUAAUCUCUUGCUUCCCGGCCGCCCAUCCCUGCUUCCUGUCCGCCCACCCUCCCCUCCCUCCUUCCCUGUCGCCCCCCCUCCCCCCCUCCCUGCUUCCCCGUCCGCCCCCCUCCCUGCUUCCCCGUCCGGCCCCCCUCCCCCCUCCCUGCUUCCUGUCCGCCCCUCCCCCCUGCUUCUCGUCCGCCCAUCCCUGCAGGGCGGUGCAUCACAACCAGCUGUCAGGACCCUCCAGGAUGCAACAAACUCUCAGUGGGUGUGGGUGACGCAGGGGGAGCAGCAGGAGGGAACUGAAGCAGGAGGGGAGGGCGGGGGGAAUAGCAAUGCAGUGGCAUGGCUGGCUGUGGAAGGAAAUUGUUUGGGGAGUGAGGGGGUGGGGCAGCAGCGGGGGCCGACAGAGUGUGCGGCGGUGUGUGGGAUAGAGUCAAGGCAGGGCCCCUGUGGGGGUGCGGGUGCGGGGCAGUGUGUGGUGCAGAGCGGUUGGCCGCCGUCCCUCUCCUGCUCCUGUGCCAGUGGCUACGUUGCUGUUACUGCUGCCGGCACUGCCAACACCACCACUUGCCAACUGCCGCCUCCUUCCCCUCCCGCUCCCGCUAACCAUUGCCCCGUUUUCCUAAACAUCCCCUUCCUUGGCAGUGGCCUCCCUGUCCACAGGUCACUCAUUCCUCUUUGGUCACUCUCUCCCUCCCUUUGUCCUCCUGUGGUCACAGAGAAGUGGGAGGGGUUGGAUGUGCGAGCCAUGGCCUCUCUCCACCACGUGCAUCUCGUGCGCCUGCUGGGCUUCUGCCUGGAUCAGAACGUGGAGACGGGCAAGCAGGAGCAGAUCCUGGUCUACGAGUUCAUAGGCAACAGGGACCUCCAGUACCAUAUCCAUGCCACCAAGCGUGAGUUGCUCUGGCGUGAGUUGCUCUGGUCCGCUCUCGCUGCGCCAGAGGUGGCUGACUUUGGACUGCUCAAGCGCCUCACUCACGGCGAUGCUGAUGCCACACGAGUGGCCGGCACUCCUGGCUAUGUGGAUCCGGACUACAACCGCACCAGCGUCAUCACUGCCAAGAGUGACGUGUUCAGCUUUGGGAUCGUUCUUCUUGAGCUGUUGAGUGGGAAGGCGCCCAGAAUCGACGAGAAAACGCAUAUAAGAAAAUGGGCAGUAAAGCUGGUGGAGGCGUACGAGCUGGAAGAGCUGAGGGACAGCAAGAUGCCGACGGCCAGCGAAGAGGCUGUAGUGGACUUCGCUGACCUGGCUCUGGACUGCAUCAAGUCUCCCGGCAAACGGCGACCCACCAUGAAGGAUGUGGCAUACCGCCUCAGUGCCCUCAUUGACAAGCAUUGUCCCGACAAGGAGGACGAGUGGGAAAGUGUUGCAGAAGGAGAGAGUUCAACCAACAAAAAUAUCUCUUCCAGGAGUGUUUCUGCUUUGUUGUUUGGAGACAGUGGGAGGGAGGCUGAAAGGUCUCAUGGCUCACAUUCUGAUGUGAUCUCAUUUGUGGGAUUAGCUCGAUAA